CUCAAACUCACAGAGUUCCAUCUCUGCCUUCUGAGUUUAAAUUAAGGGAUUAAAGGUGUGCACCACCUCCACCCAGCAUCUUUAAUAUUCUUAACUUGGCCCACCAUCUAGGCUGUUGCCCAGGCCUGCCUAGCCCUGAUCUCUCACCCCUACUUCCUGGACUCCAGGACAAGGAGUUCCCCAAAGGCAGUAGGGUGCUGAAGCAGCAGAGGACAUUGGUGGGCACAGGUAGAUGGGGCAGAAAAGUGAAAAUUAGGCUGUGUCUGAGUAUGUGCUAAGCUCAGUGAAGGGUUUCUGAGUAUACUUGGGACUAGGUGGGCACACUUGCUUUCCAAAGGAUAGGGACUUUGUCUGAGUACUGAGCAUCUACUUUCAGUCUGGAGUCCUAAGACCAGAGGCCUGUGCUGAUCCUAGACCCAUCCCGACUCUAACCCUUCUCCUGGCUCCCCGCCCAUUCUGAGCCUGCCAGGGAGAGACCAGCCAAUCUCUGGUGUUCAGGGUGUUUAGGGCCACACCCCCAGCUGCCAUUAUCUGGAGGGUAUAAAUAAACCUGCUUCAAAGCUCAUGGCCUGAGAAUUCACACCUGUCUCAGUCAGCCAGCUCUUGGAUGAACACACACAUCCUACCUCCCAUUCCCACAUACACACAGAAGAGGUGCGCCAGCUAAACCGGUACCACAAGAAGGCUGUUGGCUCUAGGCCUGUGGAGGAACACCUGCCAAGUGGAGCAGAGGCUGAGCCGAACCUGAAGGAGGGGGAACACGCUCUGCUAGAGCUGGUCAGCCUAGAGGCACAGAGCUUUGCUGUGGCCAGUGAAGAGGAUCAUGCCCAGGAACUGCUGACUCCCAGCUACCAGCUCAGAAUCAUGUCAACAGGCCAGCGGGUAUGGCAUACAGCUAUGCUACCCCACCACCAGAGCAGCUCCACAGCCACAGUGCCCAGGUCUCCUGGCCCAGUUGGCAGCCCCAGAUCCCCCAGUACUCCUGGCUCAGAGAAGGUGGCCUCCCCACUAGAGUGUUCCAUCUGCUUCUCAGGCUAUGACAACAUCUUCAAGACACCCAAGGAGCUCUCCUGUACUCAUGUCUUCUGCCUUGAGUGUUUGGCUAGGCUAGCAGCUGCCCAACCUGCAGGCCGUCCUGGCAGAGAAGCUGUACCCUGCCCGUUCUGCCGGCAGCCCACAACUGUACCUGCCGCUGGGGCUCCUGCACUGCGCACCAGUCGUCAGCUACAGGCCAAGAUGCCAGUGCACCUACAGAGGGAGGAGUCUGUGUGGCUUGAGGGUACCAAACUAUGUUGCCGCCCUUUGCCCACCACUUCUGGCCAAGAGGCCAGUGGCGUUGUGUGUGUGGAUGUAGGCCUGAGCAAACCAGCUGAGCCCACCCUACCUGCGCCUGUCCAGGACCCUGCACCCAACCAAGGCUGUCUGGCCCGCUGUUGGGCACGAUUUGGAGACUGGCGUCGUGUAGCACUGGUUUCUGUGCUGUUGCUGGUGCUAUUUUGUGUGGUGCUCUGGCCGGUGCAGUGCGCACUCAAAACUGGAAAUCUGCGCUGCAUUAACCGGCCACCUGCAGCCACUGCCACUCUCACUCCUACUACCGAUGCCCGCUUUCUUGGGCCCCUAGCCAACAACUAGGGUCAACACUUGAUCCAGGCCAGCUAUCCCACUUGCUCCAUGGAUGGAUCCUGACUUACAUAGGUCAAGAACACAGCAGCUUUGGAAGUUGGUCCUCCAGAACCAAGGACACAUAUAUGUCCCUCAGUCUCUAGGGUUAUGUGCCAAUGGGGACAAAAAAGUCCUCAAAGCCUCUAAGAAAUACAGGCUUCUAAGGGCCCCAGAAACUGCCCUCUGACCCUGUCAUACAGAUGGGGAAAGGAACCCAGGAACGUCUGGUUAGGUCCCUGACCUUCCUAAACAUACUGAAUUGCCAAAAAAGCAGGAGUUUGCCAUCCUUCCUUCCUUUUUUAAAAUUAAUUAAGUUUAUUCAUUUAUUUUACAUCCUGACUGAAGUUUCCAUCCC